UGUGUUGGAAGGAAAAGACAUCAGUCAAGGGAAUCUGCAGUCGUAAAACGACAGUGAAGGCCAUGCAAACGUGUGGCGACACAUGUAGCAACAAUCUUAUGCCUAAUAGUUGAACUCUGUGCGCGAUCGGUAAUUCACUGCGAGUUCAAAUUUGUUGGUAAAUUCUAAUUACCUACUUCUCUGAUACAAAUUAUUAAUUUUUAUUACCUGUGGACUUUAUUCAUUGUGGCAUUCUAGUGAGUGGAGAAACAAGCAAUAUCUCUCAUGAUUGGUUCAUUUUGGAAUUUAUGUCGAGCGUGCCCAUCAAUGCCAGUUGAUAAGCUUCACUCGGAGUACAGAAGUACGUACCGAUGGCACGAAUAUACAGGCCCGCGUCAGGAGGUGGUCCGCAGACCGCCCCUUGCUGCAUCUGGUGGCAAUACGUCCAAACUACAGCAUACAAAAUCAGCCGAUGAAGAGCCAUCAGACGGUGGCAAUAUCGGGACGCAGUCGGAGCCGGCGCUGCCUCGCCGCAAGAAGCACCCCGAGCUGGCCUACAAGACGCACGAGUUCCUGGCGAUGGCAGACGCUGGGGGCUCCGACGACUCGCUGGACGCCGCUGUUCCUCUGGACCGCGCCCGGUCAGAGGAGAGAGGCGGGUCUCGGCCACGGCCUUCCCGUCGCAGCAAGUCUGAGGGGCCCCCUACUGGGUCCACUGGUUGUUGCCCAGGGCCUGGUUUUGGUGUCAAUGCUGGCACUGGUCCCAUCCAAUCUGAGUACCGCUUACAAAAGGAGUUUAAAACAGAAUACAAGAAGAAGUUUAGACCAUUUUCACAGUAUGAUUACGUAGAAGGAAAAUUUCAGAAGAAGAAACCAGAGCCAGAAAGUGAACCUAUAUCUUUGCCUUUUCCAGAACUUCCUCGAGGAGGUUCUUGGUAUAGAGAAGUCAUUGAAUUACGCAAGAAGGCUGCAUCGAGGAUGGGGUACAGAACUUGUACCUCAGCAUAUUGCUGAACUAUAUUCAAAACAAAUGAUGCUCUGGGAACAAGUCUCACGGCGAAGUUCUCUUUCAGCUCUUUCUCUGGCUUCCACAACUCCCAGGUCGAUUUCAAAAGAAGAAAAAGAGAAGGAAAACAACAAAAAAAGUUCCCCUAUAAAACAGCAUACUAUUCGUCCCUCUUUGAAAUCAUUAGCACAUGAUAAACAUCUAAGCAGUGAAAGGAGAAAGGUUGAGAAAAUUGAUGAAACUAAGAAAGAGGUGCCACGCUCUAGAAAAGAAUAUCUUAUCCGUCAUCAUUUAGAACGAACUACUGGUGCAACUGAUGGUGCUCUACUACCCUCUCCGACUCGGGAGAAAUUGGAGCCUGUAAUACCUCGGUCAAAGGAUGAGGAUCUUCCAAAGAGUCCUCAGAAAGCUAGUCCUAAAAGUAGUCCUCGAACAGCACGUUCUCAGUCCGUGGGACCUGGUCUAAGUGGCGAGAACCGUUCACCAAAAAGACAAUUCCGAGCUCCUUCAGCUGCUCCUGUGGCUGGAGUGCACAAGGGGCAAAUGAAUGGACCUGUGCAAGUUGAAAGACGACCUCGUCCAACCUCCUUAACUACCACUGGUCCUUCCCGUCCUAAAAGUAGCUCAGCUCCCCUAAAAUCUGAAGAAGGCAAAUCCAAUCACACCAUAAAAGCCAAAUGUAUGCCUGCCAAAUCGGUGAAUGGGAUCCAACCAGCAAAUAUGAGAGGCGACAGGACCAAAGUUGCGGAUAAAAAGGAGUCCAGUAUGGAUGAGGAGAAACAGGAAGAAGAACCUGAGGAUGUCACUAAAGCUGGUUCUGAAGCAGAGGAAACUAAAGAAGACUUUGAGCCAGAAAUUGAACCAGCUGUUGUGAAGUCACCUCCUGAGCCUACACGAGUGAAGUCACCUGAGCAAAUCAUCAUUAGAUCUCCAGAACCAGUCAACUGGACAGUUCCUCUUGAUACUGGAAAGACAUUUACUGUGACACAAAAUGUUCGUGAAGGAGAACUUGUAAAUCGACCUCACAGUGAAGUGAAAGCAUGGACACCCCCUGCUAUCCCCCCACCUGCUCCUCAAUCAGCUCCACCAGAACUACCUGAUCAAGCACAAAUUUCAUCAGGCUGGCGUUCUCCAUUAUCAGAUACAGAACAAGAUGUGGCAACUUCACCUGUUACUGGACCAGUAGAAUCUACAACUGAUAUACAAAAUAAACCAGAAACAGAUGAAACAAAUAUCCUUCCUUCAUCCUCCACCCCCCAAUCUGAAACAUCAGCCAUUAGUUCAACACAGAAAUGCCUUGAAGAUCCCUCCUUUGCAUUUGAUUCCUCUACUGUGGGUGGAGGAGAUCAGACCAAGUCAGGAACACAAUCAGAAGGGGGACAAAUAGGGCAAUCUUCUGUGUCAACUGAUAGGGAAGAACAAUUAAAAUGUCAAAGCCCAGAAAGAAGCGUCAGUAAAAUGCCAAAGCAGGACACAGAUAGUUCUGAUAUUACUUCACAGAAGACUGGGGAAUAUGCAUCAGAAGAAGCACUGACUCCUUCUGACAUCCCUCCAUCAACGGAUAUAUUAGGAACAGAUAUACCUGUUCAAGAACCUCAAAAAGUCCUUCCAAUAGUUUCCCCUUCCUCUGGACGUUCCUUGGCAUCUGAUGUUUUAGAGAAAGCUAGAACAAGAUUUGACAAAUUUUGGGGCAAAGGAAAAGACUCACCAGACAAAGAAGGGAAAGUAUAAAAUGUACAGUAUUCCUACUUACAAUACUGGCUCAUGAACUGCGAUAACUCAUUUGAGUAAGUUUGGGCAUAUCAGUUGCUGAUGUUCCACCUGGAAUCGAGUAGUCCAUCUUUGUCUCGUGGGGUAAAUCAUCAUUCAAUCAGAGCUACAUUUAUAUAAUAUAUACUUUAGUAUAUGUUAUAUAUACCAGUAGUUGCAAAUGCUGUUUGGCAUAUUUCAGAAAUUGCACACAUUUAAUAUAAUUAUUCAGAGCUUAAGGGAAUCAUUGAAAAUUGUUGAAUAAAUUCAUGUCAAACUGUAGAAGACUACAUUGAAACUGAAAUUUUAAGCUGACAUUAUUUGCUACAAGUCUGUAUAUCAAGAAUAAUGUAGCUUAUAUACGUGAAGCAGAUUUUCAAAUACCAUUGGUAUUUGAUUAAAAAUUUGUGUAAGAGCUUAUGACACAUGUACUAUCCAGGUUUCUGAAGCUAUGAAUAUAUAUGUAUGUGAAAACUUUUAAAAGGAGAGAGUUCCAUAUAUUCCUUUUAUUUAGAUUUCUUUAUAAACAUAUAUGUGUACUGAAAUAUGCAUAUAUGACCAUUACCAUCAUUGUCUGUUGAAAUAGUUAUGCUGAAUUUCCAACAUUAAUCCAUUUACAAAAGACUGUAAAAAUAUAAAUCGCUUCAGCUUUCAGAUAUAUCUGGCAAAAAUAGUUACAAUUGUGAAAAAUAAUGCAAAAUGCAUACCAUUAGUGAUGUCCAUGAAAUAUGGCAUCAAGCAGGCUCUUCAUUGUUUGUUAUGUAAAACAUACACGUCUGCUGCUUCUUAGUUCUGCAACAUAUUUAUUGCAGGCAGCUUUCCUUUGCUCUAUCGGUUGUGCUGAAUCCAGAACCAAAAAGAACAGUGAGUCAUACAUGUUACUUGCAGUUAUAUAAUUGUUGUAUUAGAUGUUAUAAGUGAUGAAAUUUUCAGGUUGUUCCUGUCACAUACAUGAAUAAGCAAGUAAGUUUGCAAGAAAUGUGUUUUCUGUGUUAACCACAAUGAAAGAAAUAGGGAGAAAGAUUAACUAUAAUGCAUCUUGUGAUGUUUCUUACAAUAUUGUUAAGACCAAUGAAGGUGAUGAAUCAUCUGAAGGGUAAAUAAAUUGUGUAGGCAUAAUUGUGUAAUACACAUGUUCUAAUAUGUUGUAUUUGGAUGUUACCAAGGAAGAUAUUAUAAGUAAUAUUUACUAUUAUAUUUUCUGUUGUCAAAGAUAUGAAACAUAUUUAAAUUAUGUCCUCCAUGAAGUCUAUGGGUGCUUGAAAUGCAAAGUUGUCCUCUUUACCUUUCUUUUAUUUAACAGAUCAUUUUUUUCCCUGUCAAUACUUCCAAUUUCCUAUCUACUCUCAACAACUUCUUUAUUAGAACUUAUUUUACAAGUAAUAAUGCAGUUAAAUAAUGUUUGCACAAGCACGCCAUGUGCUCUUGACAAUGACACUCUAGCAUCCAAUUUGUUUUCUGUCAAAAAGACAAAUGUUAUUGUAUUUAAUUGUGUUUAUAGAAAAGGUUAUAAGAUGUUAAGAACUAAAAUGACAUCUAAAUCUUUACCUAUAACUAGCAUCUUUGAAGGUCUGCAAGAAAAGUGAUCUCCUUUGGCAAGAUUGCUGAGGAAUGAAUGUAGUAUUAUCAUGAUUACAAAAAUCCUUUGAAAUAAAGAGUGAUAAAUCAAGUUGAAAA